UUGAAUUUUGUGUUGUAGAUAUUCGACUGCAGUUGAACGAGCAGCUGCGAUGCCUGGACGUGCGCAUGGAGACGCAGGUGGCGGUGGUGGGGGAACUGCAGGACUUCUUCCGGCGGCGCGCAGAGGUCGAACUCGACUACAGCAAGAACCUCGACAAGCUCGCCAAGAGUCUGCAGCUCAGGCACAAGGAGCAGAAACAAAAGAGAGAGCAGUGGCCGUUGUUUUCGUCAUAUAGCUGUUGGCAGCAGUUGGUCACACAGACACGGAACCUCAGCAAGGACCAUGCCGCACUCAGCGAGGUCUACUCGACACACCUUGUCAGUCGGCUGGCACAAGUUAUCGAAGAUGUACAAAGGAUAUACAGAAGGUGUCGUGAAAGUUACGAGACUCACGAAGAAAUACUGAGGGUUUCACACGAGCUGCAUACCACAAUGAAAACCUACCAGCCUACCAGGCGAUGCAGGCAAGCGAGGCCAGCUCCGACUUGCCGAGAACCGAGACUCAAAAUAGAACAAUCCUUGCCCAAGGAGAAGCUGCCGUUCAAAAAGUUCAGACUUGUAGAAAAAGAAGUACAAAAGAGAAAAAACAAAUACUUUGACGCCAAGUUGAAAGCACUUAAGGCGCGAAACGAGUACGUGUUGUGUUUGGAGGCAUCGAACACUACGCUACACAAGUACUUCGUUGACGACCUGUCCGACCUGAUAGACUGCAUGGACCUGGGCUUCCACGAGUGCAUCUCGCGGGCGCUGAUGAUGCACAUCUCGGCCGAGGAAGGCCACCAGGGCUCCGUGCAGGCCGGCCUCGAUGCGCUGCACUCCAACAUCGCCGCGCUCGACUCGCGGCUCGACAAGCAGCGCUUCCUCGAGUUCAACCAUUCCGCCUUCAUGAUACCAAAGAAGUUCGAGUUCCAGGCGAAGAAGACAAAGGCAAUGCCCGAACUGCAGAAGCUGUUGUGCGCGGAGAUGGAGACGCGACUGGUGCAGCUGAAGACGCGGCUGACGACGCUGCGCGCUGAGUCUGAGGAGGUGUGGAAGACGCUGGAGACGGCCGAAGCGACGCUGCUCGACAUGCUGACGGCAAAGGACUACGACUGCAGCGGCUACUUUGGCGACAAUGCGCUGCCCGCCAGCAAGCCGCCUGAGACUGUUUCCAUCAAGCUGCGUGCCGAUCGACAUGAGACCGAGGAGUUCUACCUGACGAAACUGCGCGAAUUCAUGCUGGGCACAAGCCGGAUAGCGCGACUUGACUCGAAGCACGAGUACAUCAGACAGCAGCUGUUGGACAUGUCGAGUGGAGUGGAGAUGAUCGGAGGCAGCGGGGGUGUUGGAGGCGGAUCUCAGAGUCCCGGCCUCCUGCAGCCGUCGUCCGCCUCCAAGCCGCCCCGCCGCAAACGUAUCGGCCGCCUCCACAUGAACGGCCAGCCCAAGCUGUUUGGAGGCAGUCUCGAGGAGUACCUAGAGUCGCUCAACCAGGAGAUACCGCUCAUCGUCAAGAGCUGUAUCAGGGUUAUCAAUCUCUACGGACUCCACCACCAAGGGAUAUUCAGGGUAUCUGGCUCUCAGGUUGAAAUCAACAACUUCAGAGAGGCGUUCGAGAGGGGGGAGGAUCCCCUGGCUGACGUCACUGAUGCAUCAGACAUCAACUCGGUGGCCGGCGUCCUCAAGCUCUAUCUCCGCGAACUCAGAGAGCCGCUCUUCCCAAUCAUCUAUUUUGAACAGUUCAUGGAAUUGGCUCAAUUGGAGUCGAAGCAGGAAUUUGUGAUGCGAAUGAAGGAUCUCGUCCAAAGUUUACCUCGUUGUGUAGUUAUAGUCAUGCGUUACCUCUUUGCUUUCCUCAAUCACUUAUCAGAAUACAGUGAUGAGAACAUGAUGGACCCUUACAAUCUAGCGAUAUGCUUCGGACCAACCCUGGUGCCUGUGCCUGAGGACAAGGACCAGGUUCAGUAUCAGAACCAAGUCAACGAACUCAUCAAGAACAUUAUUCUAUUCAACGACGAAAUCUUCCCAUUGAACGAUUUUGGUGGCACUGUGUAUGAGAAAUACAUAUCGAGAGAACCCGAUGACAAUGAUGUUGGUGAUUCACCAUCGGACCAUGUGCAGGAGGAUAUGGACUCUGAAGUGUACCCUUCAGAAGAUG